UUGAUACCCCCACCACCACAAACACUUGGUUUGAAACUAAAGUGAAAAAGGCAGCUCAGACAAGAAGACAAAUGGAGUUUCUCAUCAUCUUCUUCCUCAUCUCUCUCCCUAUCUUCAUCUUAUUCAUCUUCCCAAGGCAACCUUCCACACACAUCGGUUUCAAAUCCUACCCGAUCGUCGGAAGCAUACCUGGACUGGUGAAAAACCGUCACCGUUUCCUCGACUGGACUGUAGAGACUCUGUCUCGAUGCCCGACACAGACAGCUGUUUUCCGGCGACCAGGGAAGCAACAGUUCGUCAUGACGGCGAAUCCAGCAAACGUCGAGUUCAUGCUCAAGACGAAGUUCGAUAGCUUCCCUAAAGGCGAGCGGUUCAUCUCGCUUCUUGAGGAUUUUCUUGGCCGUGGGAUCUUUAACUCCGACGGCGAGAUGUGGUGGAAACAGAGAAAGACGGCGAGCUACGAGUUCAGUACUAGGUCGCUCCGUGACUUCGUUAUGACCAACGUCACCGUCGAAAUCAACACCAGGCUUGUUCCAGUGUUAGCAGCGGCGGCGACCAGCGGAGAAUCCAUAGACCUUCAAGACAUAUUAGAGCGUUUCGCCUUUGAUAACAUAUGCAAGUUAGCAUUCAACGUCGAUGCCGCUUGCCUCGGCGACGACGGAGCAGACGGUGUAGAGUUUAUGAGAGCCUUCGAGACGGCGGCGACGAUCAUCUCGAAACGGUUUCAAUCCGUGGUCUCGUAUUCAUGGAAGAUCAAGAAGAAACUUGACAUAGGAUCAGAGAAGCUUCUGAGAGAAUCAAUCGUGACCGUCCAUAAAUUCGCCGACGAUAUCGUGCGUAAAAGGAUUGAUGAUCAAGCUAGGUCAAGUAACAAGAACGAGGAUUUGCUUUCAAGAUUCAUCAACAUCGAGGAGAUGAGUUCACCUGAGCUGCUUCGUGAUAUUGUCAUUAGUUUCAUACUGGCGGGACGAGACACCACAUCCUCUGCUUUGAGCUGGUUCUUCUGGUUGCUCUCUAAUCAUCCAGAAGUUGAAAACAAAAUCAGACAAGAGCUGACCUCGAUUAGAGCACGAACAGGGAAGCGAUUCGGUGAAGUUUACGGGUUUGAGGAUCUUAAACUGAUGAACUAUCUGCACGCAGCGAUAACUGAAUCUCUUAGGUUAUAUCCCCCUGUGCCAGUGGACACAAUGAGCUGUGUUGAGGACAAUGUACUGCCUGAUGGGACAUUUGUAGGGAAAGCUUGGGGGAUAAGUUACAACGCGUACGCGAUGGGGAGGAUGGAGAGUAUUUGGGGGAAGGGUUGUGAUAGGUUUGAUCCAGAGAGGUGGAUUGAUGAAACAAAUGGUGGGUUUAGAGGUGAGAAUCCUUACAAGUUUCCGGUGUUUCAUGCAGGACCAAGGAUGUGUUUAGGGAAAGAGAUGGCUUAUAUUCAGAUGAAAUCGAUAGUUGCCGCUGUGCUGGACAGGUUUGUUUUUGAGGUUCCGGGGAAGAAGGAGCGUCCUGAGAUUCUGUUGUCUGUGACACUUAGAAUCAAAGGUGGUUUGUUUGUGAGGAUGCAUGAAAGAACCUGAGUUACUUGUUGGUCAAGUUUUCUUUGGUCUACACCUUUACAAUGUAUAUGUUUUAUUUACCCUUUCGCUAAGUUUCCAGCAAA